CUUGGUGUCGAAUCACAUUCAUACCUAAUAAAUCAUUCACCAAAAUACACACACAACCUGCUGCCAAAAUUACACACCAUUCAAACCUGUUCAUCAAAACCUAGGGUUUCCGAUCAUCUUCAUACAGCAGUUAGGGUUCCGAUCAUACUCACACGAUGUCAGAACACAGCACAGGUAGUACGGCCAGCGGUCCAGAUUUCAACCUACCAGAUGAAAUACUAUCGGUAAUCCCUACGGAUCCGUACGACCAGUUGGAUCUUGCUCGGAAGAUCACUUCAAUGGCGCUAGCAUCACGCGUGUCGAAACUGGAGUCGGAAGCAGGUAUGUUGCGGCAUAAGUUGAACGAACGAGAUCGUGUUGUUAUGGAGCUUGAAGAGAAAGUUUCGGAACUUCAACAAACGUGUCAUAAUGUUCAGUUGCGGUUGCAGCUUACGGUUGAAGAUAAUAGGAAACUUGUGGAGGAGAGAGAUGCGUUGGCUGUGACUGCUAAGAAAUUAGGGCGUGAUUUAGCUAAGCUGGAGGCCUUCAAGCGACAACUAAUGCAGUCAUUGAACGACAAUGAUUCAACUGCGACAGCAACUGUAGAUAGAGGCACCUAUGACCAGUCUGCUCCUAAAGCUUAUCCUGUUAAAGAAGAGGAGACAAAUGGCUAUAGAAGACACCAUUCUUACAGUGGCUCUAUUGAUAGUGGAAACAUACAUGAUGACGCCUCAAAGCUUACUGGUCAAAGGUUUUCUGUGACACCGUAUAUCAGCACACGUGUAACUCCAACUGCAACCCCCAAAACAGCCUCUGCAAGUGUGUCUCCUAGAAGGUAUUCUGCUUCUGGCACUACAUCCCCAACAAAAAUUCAAUAUGAAAGCCGUACAACAAUGUCUUCAUGGUACCCAUCAAGUCAACAAUCUUCAGCUGGAAACUCUCCUCCUCGUGGCCCCCCUAUACCAGGGCGCGCUACUAAGAUUGAUGGAAAAGAGGUCUUCCGUCAAGCAAGGAGUCGACUAUCUUAUGAGCAAUUUAGUGCGUUUUUAGCAAAUAUAAAGGAGUUAAAUUCUCAAAAGCAAUCCCGUGAGGAGACUUUGAGGAAGGCAGAAGAAAUAUUUGGGUCUGAUAACAAGGAUCUUUAUCUAUCAUUUCAAGCUCUACUAAAUCGCAACAAACAAUGAGGACAUCGUUGAUUGAGGUUAUAUUAUUUGAAUAAGCGAUUACCGAUUACGGGGUUUAUGGAUUAAACCAUGUAUUGGGAAGCUAAAAGCUGAUUAGGUUUAGUUUGACCUGAUUUUAUUCCUGUAUGAAGUGUAAAUUACUGAAUCAAUCACUAUGACCAAUGAACCAAUUUGUUGUUUCAAUUACUUAUUGCAAUGCUUAAGUUCAAAAGAGCAUUUUUGGUG